AUGGCAAGAAGAUCGUCGGCCCGCCUUCGCAGUCGCAACUCGACCACGCCCAAGCGAGUCUCACUCUCGCACGAUGCGCCGGCCGCCCGCACACCACGCACACUUCCCGCCAGACUGGCAUCACUAAAUGAGGAAGAAGACGAUGAGAUGCCAGGCGCUUUCCCGCGCUCUGUCUCGCCCGCUGUAGGCACCCCCACCCGUCCAGCCAAGCGCGUCAACACUGGCACAGCCGAAGCCACACCAAAGACUGCGAUGCCUAUCAAGCCCAGCGACCAGGAGAUGCAUCCACAGAAGCACCAUCAGACAGUCGCCAAGCCACUUGAAGAUGCUCGCCACUUUGGUUUCCAGAGUAUGGGUGCUCACACCGAGCCAGCGAGGGAGAAGGCAAGUGGCAUCGCCCAACCCCAAGCCACACCAAGUCGCGCCCACAACAAUCCUCCCAAUCCAGUCAAUGAUGUCAAAAGUCCGAGUUUUCAGUUCACUUUCCGUCGCGAGCACAGUCUGGAGUUGAGCCCGGACGCCAAGCGUCUGAUGCUGGAGAAGCGGGAAGAAGCGGUACGCAUUCGAGAGCAGAUGACGGCGAAGGGCGAAGGUACGCAGGAGUUGGUGGAGGCUUCGAGAAAGCUAGCUACGCCGAAAGGGAAGAAGGGAAGGUUUAGCGGGGCGCAUCAAGAGGCGUUUGGGAAGAUGGCGAGUAUUGCUGGGCAUGCUUCGGCUUUUAGGGCAAAAGGCACACCGAAGGUUGAGAGGCCAGGUAUAGCAAGUGAGAGUACCAGAACGCUCAAGCGUAGCCCAUCGAAGGCACAGCUGGACGACACUCAUUCCACAGCCAAGAAGACACUCACGCGCAGCCCCUCGAAGCCAAUGCUCAUCCAGCAUGGAGGCGGUCUACCACGCCCCACCUCAAGUUAUACCUUACGCCAAAAUAACGAGUCAUCCUCGCCAGCCAAGCGCAUGAAGCGUAGCGAGGUGGAGGAUGUGUCUGCUACUCGACCUUACUCGAGUGACGACAAUUCCACUAGUCAGCCCAGCACGCCACAACAACACAAGACACUGCGUAUGCAUCCCAGCAACCCGAACCUGGCGUCCCUCACGGCGGCUACUCAGGCGUCGCUCGCACGUGGUGCGAGUGUCAAGACCAACAAGACUAGCAUGAUCCCAGGACCUAACUUGAUGCGCUCUCCUUCGAAGCCCGCACUUGUCGAGAAGCCAGCCAUCGAUAAGGCGAACACCCCGCUGCUUGCUCGUUCUCCGUCGAAGGCGAACCUCUUCACUUCGAUUAGAAGUGAGGAAGUCGAGUCGGCUAUCUCGACAAGUCCUUUGCUCUCCCGCUCGCCCCUAAAGGUCAGCGUAUUCAAGAAGGUGGUGGCGGACAGUAGGGAGCCAACAUCGAAUGGCCAGCCAGUGAAAGCUGCGCACCCCCUACUCGCUCGGUCACCGCUCAAGAUGUCUGUCGCCAAGAACACGGACACUUCUGUAGCCGAGCCAGCUCAGGAGAUCAAGGUCCCACUUCUGGCACGCUCGCCAUCAAAGAUCGCCUUGCCCUCAAACCCCACCACAACCCAAGUCACCGCGCCGAGCACCACAGGCAAAGCUUCAGGCUUACUCUCCCGCUUCAACCUUCUCCGCGCAUCACCCAUGAAAUCCAUUCUCCGCUCUCCACAACGCCUCUACUCCAAUGAUCCGGCAAAGGUGGCUUCGGGAACACAUUUCGCUACUCCACCGCCAAAGAAUGGCACAUUGUUCUUCGGCACCAACAAGAUCGCUCCUCAGCCGGCUGUCCCUACCACGGCACCAGUUGGCUCGAAGCGAGUCGACUUCACUUCUUCCACAAAGGCACGCUACGAGGUCAAGGAGGCCAGCAGUACGCCUUCUUCUGGCCCUACACCACAACCCACGAAGAUCGAGGCUGGAGAUGCCCAUGCUAAGGAUAUGGAAAUCGACUACCCUGCUCUUCCGUCCCCAUCAGCUGCACCAUCUCCCGUCAUGGCUUCGCCCUCGCCACAGAAAAGGAGACAGACUGUUGCUCCUGGUGACUUCACCUUCCGCGCUGGUGGCCACUCAAUAACUUUUGGAACAUCGCCUAAUGCUAAGGAUUUGGUGAAGAGGCCGAGCAUCCGCCACGUCUCUGCUGAGCCGGCUGCAAUUGUGCCGCAGAGAUCUAGUAUGGCUGGGGCAGUACCUGCAGCUGCGCCUAUGGUACAGGGCAGCAAGAAACGCAAAUUCGAAUAUGAGAACGAGGAGAUCUCUGCAGGCGAGGACAAGGAGAAUACCUUAAGCAAUGACCCCCUCACCCACCAAGACAACAAGGACGACGAGGACUUCGAGGAUCGUCCAGCCAAGCGCACGAAGAUGGCGUCAUCUGAGGGCCCAGCACUCGCAGCUGCGGUAGCGAAGACUAGGGAGAGCUCGGUCUCACCUACUAAGCGCAUGCCCACGCUCGGAGUCAAGCCAAAGGGUGUAAAAACGGCUGUUGGUGGUAAGAAGAGGAGGGAGACGAAGAGUGGGAAUGGGAACGGUAGCAUGAUCUCCCAGGCUAGGUUGGCUGCUCUUGCUAUGCCCAAGAAAAGGGGUUGA